GCCGCAGCCAACCGAACCAGGCCCUCCAGCCAUCCAGAAUGGACGAGGCCGGCCCGUCGACUCGAGACGGGCUUCGACUCACGGUACAUGAUCUCCCUCCCGAGCUCAUGCUUCACAUUUUCUCGUUUGUUGACACUGCCACGCUUGUCCGCCUCCGGCGCGUCUGCUCGACCUGGCGCUCUCUCGCAGAGGACAAUGCUCUCUGGCGCAAGCUGGUGACCGGCACGUUUGAGCGAUGCGGGCACCAGAUCAAUGGCAACUCCGAUCUGCGGCCUGCUGCAGAACUGCACCUGGCAUCAGUUGUCUCGCGCCACUUCCAAGCUGUCAUGGCUGCCAAUCCCGACCUGGCUGCCCGCCGUCCCGACUUGGAUCGCCCGCUCCCGCCUUUGCUGGCUGCUCCCGCCGAGCGAGCGCGAUCCUCCGUGGCUCGUCAUCACGAGAGCGAGGAGAGCAGCGCAAGCCGGAGCAGUAGUGAUGCCAAUAGUUGGGUUGAUGUCGCCGGCCUAGUCAUGACCUCUCGCCAAGUGCGGUCGUUGUCCGACAGGGAGGCGCCGCGCGGCCCCCACCCGCCGAUUACUUCGACCGAACACAAUCCGCAGCAGUUCUUCAUCAACCACACGCUUCCGGAGGAAGCGAUGGGUGACUUGUUGGCACCGGUAGCAAUGGUGUCUCAGGCGCAAACGCAGGAUCGUCCGUUGCUGAGUGCCGAGAUUGUGGCGCAGUUUGUGCCGACGCCUGGGCUCAACUCGGUCUACCGCGCGGUCGACGCGAUGGCGAUCAAGUCUGAAGACGCGCUUGUUGCGUGGCGGACGAAGCUUCGCGAGGAGCGGUUUGGCGAGUUGUUUGCCCUUGUGUUUUCUGUCAUCAUGCUUGCGUCGUCGGUCUUUGAGUGUGUGGCGAUCGUGCUCCUUGCCGACGGCAUCGUCGACUGGUCCUGGCGGGUUCUCGUUCCGAUUGCCGUCUUCUAUGCCCUCCUUCUUCUCACGAUUCCAUUUGAUGUUGGAUCGAAGAGUCCAGGCGGGGCGUGCUUUAUGGCGUGGAUGGUAGUCUGGACGCUGCUUGCGGUUGUCACCUUCUGCUGCCGUGGCGACAAUGUGGUGGUCGGUGAGUGGACGCCACACAGCGUGUACCUUCCGCUCAAUGCCGCGCUUCUCCCAAUUGAGUUGUAUUGGGGCAUGAUUUCAGGCGCGAUGCUUGUCGAGGCGUUUCGUUCGCGCCUGCGCGGGCUCGCAAUCCGUGUGUACUACGUCUUUACCGGCGGCGCCAUGCUCAUCCCACUCUCCUUCCUCAUCCAGUGGCAGAUCGAGUUUCCGGGCAGCAAGGUGACCUCGUGGUGGCACGCUCUGACGCCGUUGAUUGUGGCGGUGUGGAUGUUUGCGCCGACAUCGACCUUUGUGCUCUUACUCGACGCCGCUGUGCUUCAGCUCCCAAUUGCGACCGACGGUGUCCUGUCCUUUGUCGGCUGCAUGGGAGCCAUGUCGAUCUACGGCGGCAUCUUUGUCACGGUCGCCACCAACUCGCUACACAAUAAUCAGACGCUGGCGUGGGCCUUCUUUCCGGUCUUUUUCAUCCAACUCUACUCGCUGGUGGCCAUCGGUCUCAUGAGCUUUGAGUCGCGCGCCUUCUACGGCUGCUGCCCGCGGCCGUGCAUCCCGCUCUGGCGGACGUCACACCUGGGUGACGGCUCGUGCUGUCAGCCGCCGGUGACUCCACCCGCCUCGAUUCUACCACGAUCCGCAGCCUGGGCCGCCGUCGCCACCUCCCUUGAUCGGCUCGCAGUUGCCAACCGCCCUGCAUCUGCCCGCUACGCGUCCGACUCCGCGUCGCUGAGCGAUGUCGUGUGACGGCAGCCGUGAACGCCCAUCCAGUACAC